GGUAAGUAGCGGAGGCUCUCCUGUUUGUUUAAAAACAUCGCAUCCUGACCCUUCAGAUCUCAUACUCGAUUCAUCAUGGCUACCGCACUUAAAGACUCGAUUCCAGUUCCAGCUCCGGUGCUUAAGGGUGCUUCUGCAGCUCGACCCACUACCGCCAACUCUCAACCUAGAAAAAAAGAAGAAUAUGAUCGCCCCUGCAUCACGGGGAAUCCGGGGAUUUCGCCUCAGGUAUGCCAAGUGUAUGCCAAAGGCCCUUCGUUUAUCAUGAACCAAGAUCGACACCACGAGUAUGAUGAGUUUUCUGGGAUUCGGCGGGUCGAGUACGAAGAAUUAGAGCGUUUCCAUCGACGAGACUUAUUGACGUACUUCAACGACGACACUCUGAUCAUCGAAAUGCCUUCGGCAGUACACGAAGCUCCUCUGGUUGCUCUGCAUACAGCACUCACGUGUUUCCUGCAGAGCAUUCCCUUUGACCGUCAAGCAAUCAAUGCAAACGUUAUGACUAAUAUACAUGCAUCGGAUUCACUUGUUCCCGACAUGCGAAUUUCCCUUCAAACCUGCGCCCUCAGGUCGGCGGCGCUAAGCAUUACGACACCUUGGCAGAAAAAGUUACAAGACGCCAUCAUCGAAAAUCCUUCCUUAUCACUGGCAAUCGCCAUUGUAAUUUUCGAAAACCAACCCUAUCGUUCGCCAAAUAGUGACUCAGAUACGGCACGUAGUCUAUUACGGGAGCCGUCGAAACGUGCAGCAGAAGACUUCGUUUCCAUGGCAGGCUGCCACCCGGCCUUGAACGCAUCGGUCAUUGUAGAGAACCAUGUUAUGGUUUGGGUGCGUGGGGAUGAUCCCAUAGACAUCUUCUCAAACGAUUUAACUCUGGUUGCGGAUGGGGUAAUACUAUCAUUCCCGGUAAUAUGUACACGGUUGCUGAUAUGCAAAACUUUUAUAACACUUCAACCAUCGUGUCUGCAGAGUACCUAGAAAUGAUGUUUUGUACAAGUAGAAUAAAAAUUUCUUGGAUGUU